AUGUCCCACGUCGACGCCUGCGUCGGCACGGUGGCGAUCACGCUCGAACACAAAGAAAAGUCGUUACUCUUGAACGUCCCACGCACGGCGUCGCUCGGCGGAUUCCUGGCGCGCACGGAGAUCAGGGAGCGUCUGCGAUUGAUUCUAGACGUCCCCGAGCGCUUCACGGCGAUCGAGGUUCGCGCGAGAGACGGGAAGGGGGAGUGGGAGCGAUUCGACGCGCGGUUCGCGCACGCGAGCGCGCUCGCGGACUGCGCGUCAACCUUAGAUGGCGUCUGCGGGAUACGGUUGGAGGUGAAGGGCGAUGAUGAUGAUGCGAUGCGCGUAGAUUCGGGGUCGGGGUGGGACGAUCUCGAGCGUGAGUGUCGACAGAGUUUUUUCAACGGCGUCAAGGAGGCGACGUACGCGACGCACGCGAGCGCGUCGAAAGCGAUGACGAUGACGCGAGAGAGCGCGGACGCGAUGUGGGCGGCGGCGCAAAGAGGAGAUUACGAAGGGCUACGAAGGGCGGAGAGCUCGAGCGCGGAGCUCAGAGAGGGGAGGAGAGAGGUGUUGCCGGUGCGCGUGUAUGAAGUGCGAGACGGAUCGUUCGCGCGCGCGGUGGUCGUGAGCGCGCCAGCGAGCGUCGAGCGACGCGACAUCACGGUCGGGGACGCGCUGAGACAGUUUGGCGUGGAUUUGAGGGACGUCCGGACGGUGAUAUCGCAGGGAAUAGAGAUUGAUUUGGAUUUUGAUUUAGCGAAGACUCACGAGGCGUUGCGGCACGUUGACGGAUUCUUGUAUCUCGUGACGCACUGCGGUACUUCAUCUUAG